ACUGAAACGCAGUCGUUUGAUCGGGAGUGAGUCACAAAUGAUUAAUGAACGCACGCAUCUUUGGAGGCAACGACCUCCACGGCACCUCCUCGUUGGUGGUUAAGUCACUGUCCCUUCAGUCCCUCGACGAGUCCGCCACCAACCCCCAUAAAACAAAAUAACACAACCCACAGCACAGCACAGCACUUCUUAGUUCUUCCUCUCCUACUAAACUAAACGCUAAAUACUAUUUAACACUCCCCAAUUCUAUUAGGAUAAUAAUAAUAAUAAUACAUUUAUUUAUAGACUCACUCACUCACUCACCCCUCUGUCUCAGAUCACCUACCAUUCAUUCCCUUUCUUCCUCGCUCUAAUCUAAUCUCACUCUCAUCCUUAGGAAUAUGGAGUCUGCAGCUUUAUCGCGCAUAGGCCUAGCGGGCCUUGCCGUCAUGGGCCAAAACCUAGCCCUCAACAUCGCCGAGAAAGGAUUCCCAAUCUCCGUCUACAACCGCACAACCUCCAAAGUAGAUGAGACCGUAGAUCGUGCUCGCAACGAGGGUUCCCUCCCUCUCUUCGGCCAAUACAACCCACGCGAUUUCGUUCUCUCCCUUCAACGGCCCAGAUCAGUUAUCAUCCUCGUCAAAGCCGGCGCCCCCGUUGACCAGACCAUCGCCGCCCUCUCCGACCACCUGGAGCCCGGCGACACCAUCAUCGACGGCGGCAACGAGUGGUACGAGAAUACCGAGCGCCGAAUCCAACAUGUUUCCGAAAAGGGGAUCCUGUAUCUGGGUAUGGGUGUCUCUGGGGGCGAAGAUGGUGCUCGAAAUGGACCCUCUUUGAUGCCUGGUGGGUCCUACGAGGCCUAUUCCAACAUCCAAGACAUCUUGAUGAAGGUCGCUGCUCAAGUCGAGGAUGGCCCUUGCGUCACUUACAUUGGCGAGGGUGGUUCUGGAAACUUCGUCAAGAUGGUUCAUAACGGUAUUGAAUAUGGGGACAUGCAGCUUAUUUCUGAGGCUUAUGAUGUUUUGAAGCACGUGGGUGGGUUGUCCAAUUCUGAGCUUGCUGAUAUUUUUACUGAGUGGAACAGAGGGGAACUUGAGAGUUUCCUCAUUGAGAUUACUGCUGAUAUUUUCAAGGUGAAGGAUGAGGGUGGUGAUGGGUAUUUGGUGGAUAAGAUUUUGGAUAAGACCGGCAUGAAGGGUACUGGGAAAUGGACUGUGCAACAGGCGGCGGAGCUCUCGGUGGCUGCUCCUACCAUUGCUGCUUCUUUGGAUUGCAGGUACUUGAGCGGCUUGAAGGAGGAGAGAGAGAAUGCUGCCACCGUGUUGAAGGAGGCAGGGCUGAGUGAGGAAAUAGGGUUGAAAAGUGGGGUUGAUAAGAAGCGGUUGAUUGAUGAUGUGAGGCAGGCUUUGUAUGCUUCCAAAAUUUGUAGCUAUGCUCAGGGGAUGAAUUUGUUGAGGGCCAAGAGUGAUGAGAAGGGGUGGAAUUUGAAUUUGGGUGAGUUGGCAAGGAUUUGGAAAGGUGGGUGUAUCAUAAGAGCGGUGUUCUUGGACAGGAUCAAGAAGGCUUAUCAGAGGAACCCUAACUUGGCAAGUUUGAUAGUGGACCCUGAAUUUGCGAGGGAAAUGGUGCAGAGGCAGGGAGCGUGGAGAAGGGUUGUGGGGUUGGCUAUAUCAUCUGGGAUAAGCACUCCAGGGAUGUGUGCUAGUCUUGCUUACUUUGAUACAUAUAGGAGAGCAAGGCUUCCUGCUAACCUUGUUCAGGCUCAGAGGGACUUGUUUGGGGCUCAUACAUAUGAAAGGGUUGAUCGACCUGGCAAUUUCCAUACGGAGUGGACAAAACUUGCUCGCCAGACCGGUGCUGGAGUUGGUGCUCUCAAUUGAUGUCUUUAGCGUGGUUAGUUUUUUGGUUUGUUGGUCAUGCAGCAUUUGAGCUUAAAUUGUAUGUUUAUUGGAGGAUCCUUGCUUAGGCAGAGCAACUAUUAUUUACUUAUUAUAGCUGUUUUUUUUGCUUUUAAUAAAAGAAAGGCAUGUCAUUUGACUUCCACAGGCUUUUACUUGUUUCAAGUUUGCUUCCUUAACAAGACUCCAGAUUGUUGAUGUUUUUAUCACGUGAAUAUGUUU